AUGGAUGCUAGCACACUCCCCGAUUUCCACAUCCUCCCAUACCUCAAAGCAAGAGAACCUCUUCCUUCCAAUUACGAAAAGGAUGUACUCUCGUCGACAUUGGACGAAUCUCUCACCCUCAACGCCACCUCCUCAUGGACGUACUGCGGUCCCUUAUUGACCCUGGACCAAGACCACCUCCCAUCCUCCUUCCACACCUGGGCCGAAGCCACCGUCAGUGGUUCCUUGCUGACCCCUCUCUUCUCGUUUUUGACCUUUGUGCACGAAUUCCUCGAGACCAACAACCUCGCUCACUACUGGCUGACGGUGCGAGCUACCAAGGGGUCAAAUGAAUACGACAUUCCCCGAUGGCACACUGACGAUCUAUUCUUCUCGCCGCUCGCAGCAGCCAUCCCACCACACCGUCGUCGGUCUCUACGAUCGCCAUUCCGGAAAAGCAUCAAUAUUUCCAGGCAAAUCCAUCCCACCCACCAAAAGCGAGCCAGUAAAGAGCUUGCCUCAAUAUUCGAUACGACCGCGCCAACACAAACACCAACCUCUCCCGCCCAAAUCCUCACCCCCAACCCAACCCCAACAAACUGGAAACUUACCACCACCUUGCUGGGCCCAGGAACCCUCUUCAUACCCCAAAAGACUAGCCCCGCCGCCCGCGACAUCCAACGGAGCACCCGACUCGCCGUCCGAAAAGCAAACCCAGAUCACAUCUGUCUCUCCGUUCGCUGUGUCGGCUGUGCAUCAGCCGCAGAGUCGGUGAGGACCCGGCUAGCAGCCGAGCUAGAGCCACAUGGCGUCGUACAAGCGCAAUCGGGCGAGUGUGUCUUUUUCCGUGUCGGCGAGGAGAAAGGCGCCGUGCAUUCGGAACCGCGGUCUCAUGGAGAUCGCAUCUUUGUGAAUGUUGUGCCGGGCGACGAGGGCGAUUUAAAGUGUUUGAUGGCCAAGUGGGGGAUGGAGUAUCCACGGGCUUGGUGCGUGGGGUUACCUUUUCAGAUGGCUGAGGAGGUGCUUUGGAGGAAUGUCGGUGAGGUCUGA